AUGCCAAGGAUUAUCCUAUGUAGUGUUGACGUUGUCAUCAACUCUCUUGUUGGUGAUCUGGUGCACGCAAGCUGGCGUUGUGUCGGCGAUUUUGCCCGUUUUGUCGAGAUAGGGAAGAAAGAGCUGCUUGACACGGAGAAACUUGACAUGUCGGUUAUCGCUCGCAGCGUAACUUUCACGGCUUUUGAUAAUACAGAGAUGCUGGUCCAUCCUAAUGAUUACUACAGAAAAGCAUACAUCACGUUUGUUGGUCCCCGACUCACUCUCCACGAGAUUCUCUCCAUGUGCCAGUCAGGAAAGAUCAAACCUUUGCCUAUCACAGAAUUUGAUGUUAGCGAGAUUUCACAGGCAUACCGUUUCUUCUCGUCCAAAGACAGAGUAGGCAAAGUCUUCAUCUCACUUGAAAAGCCUAACAGUAUUAUCAAGAUUAUGCCUCCCAGAUACACCUCAAAAUUUGCGUUGGACAAAUCAUACCUGCUCAUUGGUGCGCUCGGCGGUUUGGGCCGAAGUCUAAGCAGCUGGAUGAGAUCCCAGGGUGCCCGCAACUUUGUCUUCAUGGCGAGAUCCAGCGCUUCCAAAAAGGAGGGUAAGGCUCAAGUUGACUAUCUAAGACGCUUUGGAGCACGUGACGUCUCAAGCAGUUCGGAUGUUGAAAAGGCUGUCGCUGAGUCCAAUGCACUGGGUCCGAUAGGAGGCGUCGUCCACGCCGCCAUGGGUCUUAACGAGGAUUUAUUCGGUCUGUCCAAUCUAAAUGUCGAGGGGCGUGGAACCUCCACAGUCCCCUUCAGAGCCAGGCUGCGUCCCCCUGAUUUCUUCCUCCUCGCCUCUUUCAUGUCUGGGACGGUUGGAGUUGCCACUGAGACCAACUACUGCGCUGCAAAUGCGUUCUUGGAUGCCUUUUCGUACUGGCGUCGUCGACAGGGUCUCCCUACCGUGUCCAUCGGUCUUGUAAUAGUGUCAGAAGUAGAAGCCUUGCUUUUGAGACGAGGUAUCCAGCCUUUGAACGAAGGCGAGUUUCUUCGGGUUGUUGAUCUUGGCAUUGUUGUUGUUGUUGUUAUUGUUUUACGCCGACCUUCGGUGUUUAAGCUUCUCGAGAAGGGCUUUGAGAUGACUCGCACCGUGAUGGACGAUGAGUGGUCGUCGAUUCUGUCUGCAGCCUUGGACUUUGAUCAAACUAGAAACACAGGCGACCCAAACAAUACCUCUGGCGGUGCAAGUCUUGGCUGGAUGAAGAGGUUUCCCGAGGUGGCUGCCAAGUGUCUCAUGAAGGAGACGAACGUCUCAUCACUCAAGGAGGCGCUCAACCUCGUGAUUGGAAGGAAGUUCUCCAACUUUAUUCUCAUGUCCUAUGAAAAGAUCGACUAUGCAAGGUCGUUUGCGCAGCUUGGAGUCGACAGUAUGAUGGCGUCUGAUUUCCAUGCCUGGUUCUGGAACGGUUUCGCUGCUGACAUUCCAUUCUUGAACAUUUGA